AGGAUUUCCGAAGCGGAUUGAAGAGUUCACUCCGCGGAUAAUUAUUAUUAUUAUUAUUAUUAUUUUUUUCACGCAUUAUUAUUUAUUUUGUCUAUGUUUGUGCAGAUUAGAUUGUCAGCUUGGAUUGGAUUCCACCCUCCUUGUGAGCCUGCAUUUUUUGGUUGGCUGUAGCGAAUUUGGUCAUUUUCUUAGGCGUUUGUAUCUCGAAAGUCACCCAAGAAGUUGAGAAUUCGUAGUUCGGGGGUUCAGUUUGACUUUCACCGUGGGAUGGAUUGAUGAGGUGAGGAGAUUCUGGAUUCUCUCCUAGGUUAGAGGGGCAUUGAGAGAGAAAUAGAGAGAGCCAGGGCGAGUGUGCGUGGUGGGUGUGGAAUGAGAGGAUAGGAGUGUGGACCUGUCUAUCUGGAUUUGAAUUUUUUGUUGCGAUCAACUUGGGAGACUAAAAACUGGGUUUGAGGGCCGCAUAUCCGCUGAGAGGAUGCCUGUGGGGAGUUUACCGGCUUUUAAUUUGUUGGGUGGCGAUGAAGCUAACAGGAGAGAAGCUGAAAAGAAAGAGGCGGAGAGGAAGGCAAGUGAGAAGAGUGGGCUCUCGCAGAUGUCGGGGCUAUGGGAUCAAGCUAUCGGAAAACGGGACGGAGGUAUGAAAGGUGAUAAGGGAGGACUUGUGCCACAAGUAGGCAAUCUAUGGGAUUCUGCGAUUGGACAGGGGAAGAAGCGGGAGAAGGUUAGAGAUAAGAAUAAUUUUAGGUUAUUUGGCGGAAGUAACACGACGAAACCAGCUGUAGAUUGGGGUCCUGGUGGAGCUCUGGGAAUAGGAUGUGGUGCUGGCGUUGGUGUUGGUUUGACAGGAGGAACUGGGAUUGGGGCAACACCUUGGAGUUCACUUAGAUUUGUAUUUGGUGUUGGAGCUGGAUGUGGGAUAGGUGUAGGAUAUGGCUAUGGCUUUGGUUUGGGAGUACGCUGGGAUAAACCACCACAGGAUGUGCCAAAGCGUGUUGUGAUUGAGCUCUAGAUGAACUCAGUUUCCGAGAACGCAGUUGAAUUCAAUGGGUUUAGUGGUAGAUCAGAUUCUCUCAUUGUUCAGAAAUAUUCAAUCAUAUGUCACAUCUCAUGUAAUUGCAGUUGCAGUCAACAUGAAGCCAACAUGAAGUUCAAUGCCGGAUUCCUUUUUGCCUGCAUUAUUAUUACCA